ACUGAUGAAGAUCAUUUCCAGUAGGCCUGCACAACCACAAAUGUGUCCAGCUAGUAUUUCUUAAUGCACUGUCAUCGGACCUGGAGGUGUCGAUCUGCAAAUAGAGCUGUCGGUACAGACAUGGCAGGGGGAAAUGAAGACGAUAUACCCGGAUCUGGAGCUAUUUUCACUUUUGGAAAGAGCAGGUUUGCUGACAACGUACCCAGCAAAUUCUGGUUUAAGAACGACAAAGCGCUGAAGAUGUGUUGCGGCGAUGAGCAUACAGCAUUGAUUACAGGCAAAGGAAAACUGUACAUGUUCGGAGUUAAUAACUGGGGCCAGCUUGGUCUGGGAACAAAGGCCACAGUGAACAAGCCCACUUGUGUGAAAGCUCUGAAGGCUGAAAAAGUCAAGCUUGCAGCUUGUGGAUGGAGUCACACACUGGUAUACACGUCUCAUGGGAACCUCUAUGUUGCUGGGGGUAACAGCGAAGGUCAGCUGGGUCUCGGAGACUGCAAGGAGAGGGUCUCCUUCGAGCGCCUUCCGUUCUUCAGGGGGCGAGAAGCUAUCAGAAUGCUGGCCGCAGGCUGCAGCACCUCUGCUGCCCUUACUGGGGAAGGAAAGCUUUUCAUGUGGGGGGACAACAGGGAGGGCCAAAUUGGUCAGGGGAACGAGAGCCGCGCUCUGAAACCUCGGGAAGUAGCUGUGGGGAGGCCGGUGACCUGGGUGUCCUGUGGGUUCCGCCACUCGGCCUUCGUCACCGUCGACGGGCACCUGUACACGUUCGGGGAGUGUGACGGCGGCAGGUUGGGCCUGCCCCCCAAACAGUGGGACUGCCACAGAGUCCCCCAAGUGGUUCAGGGAAUCCCCGACAGGGUGACCCAGGUGGCCUGUGGUGAGAGUCACACCAUAGCGCUCACAGUGACUGACAUCUACUCCUUUGGCAUGGGCCAGUUUGGACAACUGGGCCACGGGACGUUCGUCUUUCAGGCCAGUCUCCCCAAACUUGUGGACCACUUCCAGAAGGGGAAAGUGAGACAAGUGGAGUGUGGGGGAAGCCACACUGCUGUAAUCACCGACAAUGGUCUUCUCUACACGUUUGGAGAUGGCCGACACGGGAAGCUUGGUCUGGGAGAGGAAACAUACACUAAUCAAUUUAAACCUACUCUGUGCCCACGCUUCUUAAAGUAUCAUGUACGGUCGGUUGCAUGUGGUGGGUGCCACAUGCUGGUUCUGGCCAGACCUAGGUCCGGGCUCUCCAGACAAGUGUCGCUAGAAGAAGACGACAUCAUGGAAGCCAGCCUGGGGACAUCCUACAGUGAGGUCCAGGAGGGCAGUGUCACCUAUCCGACUGUCUCCAGGAGCAUGUCGGCUCGAGUCCGGCGCAGACAGAGGGAGCAAUCUCCACAACAGUUUGGACUGAUGGUCCAAACUCAUCUCAAGUCCAGCUUCUUCAGCACCUCCUUACCCUUUUCCAGCCGUAUCGCCCAUCUUAGACCGCCUUGUAUGGAACCAGCUACCAGGGGACUGCAGAAUGGCCUCUCCACCUUCAGGACAAUCCCGUCUAGAACAGAAAAAGUCACAAGUGAAGACCCAGAAGAUACGGAAGAUAAUGAAAUGAAAAUGAAAGAUCUAGGUGGCACCACCGAUAAGCUAAACUUAGAUGUUAAGGGUGUGAAAAGGCAUGAUUUGGGAGAUGGUUCCAGACACCCUGAGGGCAGACUGGUCCCUAUGGAGAGGGACGCUGGUUUAACUCUCCAGCAAGCCCUUUCCCCAGGGGCACGACAUGUCCCCCAUCUUUCACAGCACAAGGCUGACUUCAAACAGAGAUCCACACAGAGGCCUCUUUGCAAGGGUGCCGGCAACAGCCAGGAGGAGAUUUGUACGGCAAGAAAGCGGAAACAGUCUGAAAGGCCUGGAGCAAGUGCCUGUGAACUGGAUGAGAGAAAGCAGCUCCCAGGCUUGGGGGCCUCCAGCGAAACACUGCCUGAGUUGCGUAAACCAACAGAGGUGAAAAUUAAACAAAAGAAAGAGACGACAAACUGCACAGAGGUACAUGGUACAAUAAAUGGAUGGACGGAAAAACUUAUUUCUGUAGAAAAUAAGGAGGUGGAGAGUAGACUUAGCACGCCCGUUAAAGUUAAAAAUAACAAAGACGCAUGGGUGGUGAGUCAUCCCGGUGAAGAUGUGCAAACACCGAAAAAGGGGCUGCCAUCAGGUUUUAAAAGCCUGAAAGAGGUGAGCCAGGACAACACAUCAUGCAUCUCUUCAGCUUACAAGAGAAAAUCUUCUUCCAGCUCUAAUUUGACCCCAGACACAUCUGCAGUAGUUUCUGAAGUUUGUUCUGGAAGAGAAGGACAGAAGAAAGGCACAGAAUGCAAAGAGAAAGGGACAAAAGUUGUGUCUGAAGUGGCAGGAAGACGACAAGAAGGAUUAGUAAGAGAACAAGUGGGUCUGGUACAUUUAGUGACAGAGGUGUUGACUGAACAGGCAGAGUCAGUGUUGGACAUUGAGAGAACACAUAAAAUGUCUCCGAUAGUAAGCAGGUCUCUAAUGCUCUCGGAGAGGAGGGCUGAUGCUGAUUCCUUCAGAUCAGGGAAGAAGACCACUGUCAUGAUUAAUGUCCUACCAGAGGCAAGCAGUUCUAGGCAUAAACUAGAGGAGAGCAGUUUGGAUCAGAAUCACGACAAAACACAAAACCAUGAGAGUGAACCAUUGGUAGAUGAGUUUGAAUCCAGUGCAAAAGCAGAAUCAAGUAAAGGUUCAACAUUUGGGGAGAAGAGUAGAAGUGGGGCUGAGGGCAAAGAUGAUGGUGAAAGUGAGACAAGCAGUGAUGAGGAGAGUGACGAAGGUGUUCAGAAGAAGCACACAGCCAGCAGGAGAGUGAUGAUCACCGGUGACCCAGAAGAAGGCGUGGAUACAGAAGAGGGUGAGACUGAGAAGCCAGAGAGUGAGGAUGAAGAAGAAGAUGCAGAAGAUAGCAAAGAAAGUGAAGCUGCAGCACCAGAGAGUGAAGAGCAGUCACAGAGUGAGACUGAGAAGAUGGGAGAGAUGUUGGAUGGGAUGUCUGCAGAAGAGGAGGAAGAUGAUGGGGAGGAGUCUGGAGAGGAAGAGGAAGAUAAAAGUGAAAGUGGAGGAGAGGAAGAGGAUGAGGAAGACAGUGAUGAAGAGGAGAGUAUUGAUGUGGAACAGGAGGGAAUUGAAGAAGAUGAGAAUGAGAGUGAUGUUGGAGAGGAAGUGGAGGGUGAUGAAGAAGGUGAAGAGAGCGGUGAUGAAAAGGAGAGUGAUGAAGAAGAUGGGAAUGAGAGUGUUGGUGAUGAUGAAGAGGAGGGAGAUGUGGAGGAGACUGAUGGUGAGGAGGGAGAGGAUGGAGAUGAGGAGGAGAGUGGUGGUGAGGAGGAAGAGGAGGAGAGUGGUGGUGAGGAGGAAGAGGAUGGAGAUGAGGAGGAGAGUGGUGGUGAGGAAGAGGAGGAGAGUGGUGGUGAGGAGGAAGAGGAUGCAGAAGAGGAAAUGGACCAUGAACUUUCAGUGGGUGAAGAAGAUGAGGAAUCAGGUGAAGAAGAAACAGAGGAGAGUGGUGGUGAAGACGAGGAAGAUGAGAAAGAGGACGAUGAAGAAGGAGAAGAUGUGGAAGAAGAGGAUAGCGAAAAUGAAAGUGAGCAUGAGGAAGCAGAGGAUGAAGAAAAUGAGGAGAAAGAAGGAAAAGUAAAAGAGGAAAUGGAGGAAGUAUCAAUGGGAAAGAGAAAAAAGGGUAAAGAGAGACAGAAAUCCAGAUCAGCAGCGCCCGUCUUUAAGAGCAAGCCAGGCAGUCUGCACGCCAGAGGCAGGCGGAGAGCAGCAGAGAGCCGCUCGCAGGACUCCCAGCAGUUCUGGAACAAUGUUCUGCCUCAGUACCUGAAUCUGAAGUGAAGAGGUGCCGUUCCAGACCACAGCAUUGGUGCCAUAUUCGGGGCGUCACCCCUCCUGUACUGAGUGCUUCAGGUCUCAGCAAACAAAGACUCUGUAUAUUAUGGAAGUUUUCCUUCCUCCAGCUCAGUGUUUUCCCCAGUAUUAUAGUUUGGCUUUGCCUGCCACUGCAUACUUCUGUAAAUAUGUAUUUAUGUAUACUUUUAAGUAAAAUGACAUUCAAAUCUGUUUUCUUGUUUUGUUUUCCAUCCAUCCAUCCAUUUUCCAAACCGCUUAUCCUACUGGGUCGCAGGGGGUCCAGAGCCUAUCCCGGAAGCAAUGGGCACGAGGCAGAGAACAACCCAGGAUGGGGCGCCAGCCCAUCACAGGGCACACUCACACACCAGUCACUCACACGGGCAAUUUAGCAACUCCAAUUAGCCUCAGCAUGUUUUUGGACUGUGGGGGGAAUCCAGAGUACCCGGAGGAAACCCCACGACGACAUGGGGAGAACAUGCAAACUCCGCACACAUGUGACCCAGGCGGAGACUCGAA